AUGAGUCACCGGCCAGGCACCCCUACUGUCCUCCGCAGCCAGUCAAGGAGUCAGCUCCUUAGGGACUGUAGGGUCUAUGUCAAUCUACUGGAAAUGCUACUGGGAUUACAGCAGUCUGUGCAGGAUCACUUCACGCACCUGAGAACCUUGCAGGAGGAACAGAGUCAUACUGGAGCCAUCUGUGAGCAUGAAGACCAGCUGAACGACCUGAUACGCGUGAUGAUCAACCUCAUGUGGUCCGAGGCUGUGAGUGGCCUGGGGUUACAGGAGACUCUCCCAGUCCUGAAUUCCAGGGCUGCUGUUGGGGGUAUACAGAGGGUGAACUCGUCCUCUCAACCCUACCGGCCGACUCCCCAACAGAGUGAAUCUGGAGCUACGCUUGUCAGCCAGGACCUCUCCAGCCGUGGAAUUGAUAUCGCUGCCUCUUUCCAGUCGGGAUUCCAGGACUACCAGGCCUACCAAAGAGACAAAUACCACAAGGACAAGAACAGCAUGGGCUUCAUUAACCUUGGCACCAGUGAGAACAAACUCUGUAUCGAUCUGAUGACUGAGAGGUUGUGCCAGAGUGACAUGAACCACAUCGAGGAGGUCCUGCUGCAAUAUCCUGAUUGGAGAGGGCAUCCAUUCCUGCGGGAAGAAGUGGCUCGGUUCCUGACCUACUACUGCAAAGCACCUGCCAGCCUUAAUCCAGACAAUGUGGUUAUUCUUAAUGGCUGCUGCUCUGUCUUCUCUGCAUUAGCCAUGGUUCUGUGUGACCCAGGGGAUGCUUUUCUCAUCCCCACUCCCUUCUAUGGUGGCUUCAUCUUCAGCUCCUACUUGUAUGCCAAAGUUGAACUGAUUGGCGUCCACCUAGAGAGUGAGAUCACCGAGGAGAACACCAGUCCUUUCCAGCUCACUGUGAAAAAGCUGGAGCAAGCCAUGGUUGAAGCUAGACUCAGGGGGAAAAGAGUCAAAGGCCUCGUGCUAGUCAACCCACAGAAUCCUCUGGGUGGCAUCUACUCCCAAGAGUCACUGAAGGAAUACCUGGAAUUUGCCAAGAGGAAUUACUUGCAUGUGAUCAUGGAUGAGAUUUACAUGCUCACUGUGUUUGAUGACUCUCUCAAGUUCCACAGCGUGCUGAGCAUAGAAAGCUUGCCUGACCCCAACAGGACCCACGUGAUCUGGGGAACUAGUAAGGAUUUUGGCAUCUCUGGCUUCCGCUUUGGUGCUCUGUACACCCACAACAAGGAUGUGGCCUCUGCCAUGUGCUCCUUUGGCUACCUCCACAGUACCUCUGGCACCGCCCAGUACAAACUACACCGCCUGCUCCAAGACACAGAAUGGAUCAACACAGUGUACCUGCCGACUAACCUCUCACGGCUCAGGAAGGCCUACAAUUAUGUCACUGGUCAGCUGAAGCUAUUGGGAAUCCCCUUUCUCAGUGGUGGCGCUGGCCUCUACAUCUGGAUCAACUUGAAGUCGUACCUAGAACCAUGUACAUUUGAUGAAGAACUGGCCCUCCAUCAGCACUUUCUGGACAUGAAGGUGAUGUUAUCCCGUGGCAAAAGCUUCAAGUGUAAAGAGCCUGGCUGGUUCCGCCUCAUGUUUGCAGAAAAGCUUCCAACACUGGAAGUGGCCAUGCAACGGUUGCACAACGCGUUACAGAUUCAGAAACAGAUUCAGGAACAGAAACAGAUAGAGAAGAUGCUGGCGGAUGCGUCUGUUUCCUAGCCUCCGGCUCUAUCCAAUCAUGUGCUUGGGGUUGG